CAUCUAAGCAUAUUGCCUUUCAAGUUAAAUCAAGGAGAAGAUAGGAUAUCAAAGAAAAUGGCUAAUCUAGAAGACCAUUAUAACUUCAGAUCUAAGGCUAGAAAAAAUGGUGUCCUGCUGCACCAUGGUCAAGAAAAAGGAGUAAUGUGUGAAGGUGAGACUACAGCCAUCUUACAAUGGAAGGAACUGUCAACAGUUAUAUAAGCAGGUCAUAUUCUACAUCUUCUACAAAUUUCCUUGGAGCACACAGUGGCCAUACAGAGAUGUGAAAUCUCUAGGCGGUAUGACAUCAAAGAUCCCUCCAAACUCCUGAACAACAAAAACAAUUCCUGUUUUGCUAUGGAUAGCGAGCCCUUUCUAGGGCUAGCUGCUUGUUUCAGGGAGAAAACACAAACCUGAUAUGCAUCAUUAGAAGGUAUGCCAACCUCCAUGGCUCGCUUUUCAGUGAUCAUACAUGCAACAAGAGGAGACAAACAGAUCCGCAAAGAAUUGUUGAUAUGAAAUGUUGGAACAGAGAGAUAACCAAGAACUUUUCACGAAAAUGGCCAACAUUCAAAUCAGUCAGGAAAAUUUGCCAGAUCAUUGGAAGCAACAGAAAAAUCAUUGCAAGCAACAUGGGGCUAGCUGAAUGCUACAAUUUUGAUAAGAUGAUUUACCAGAAAGUUAGUGAAGUGGUGAAAAGAACUGGUUAGUAUGACUAAUUGGAUUUUAACUCAAAAGGCUUCUGUUAGAUGAUGGUACCAACUUCUUGUUAUAUAUGGUUCGAAAUAUUUCUCUUCCUUUCUGAUGUUGAUUGGAGCCUUUAAUGAAUGUUGUCUACUCGGAAUGGUUUGGCAGAAAACUUGCAUCAUAUUUGAAUGCAAUGUUUUCCUUCUUGGGCAACACUGGCGUCUAUCACCAAAGAGGGACUGCAUUCCAGAAGGAAAAACAAAUAAUUGCUGGACAGAGUAGUCUUAAAUAAUAAGAUGCCCCUUUAGAUGUAUAGUAUAUUGUGGAGUGUGGACCAACGACUUUUGUGUACUUAUAUCCAAAACUCAUGUGAGUCGAUGCAGGAAGAUUUGUUUUUUUGGGCCAAGGGCUCGAACCGAGACCCAGGUGCCUACAUACCAUACUACUUGUUUUACCUUGUGGCUGGGGAGUGGAUGCGAGAAGAUUGAAUAGAACUUUUGAGGGAUU